AUGAAUCUGAGGCACUUCUUUUCGAGACAGACAAUCAAUAAUAUAUCAAAACUCAAUGGUAGAGUGUUUUCUCCUCAUCGAGGUUAUCAUAGAUGUUGUGUAACCAUUGCUUCCUGCACGUCCCCUUCGAUUUGUUCACCAGAGAGUCGUGGUACAUUUUCUAUAUUCAGCACCCCGAAAUCAAAUUCACAUUUUGGUAGAUUUGUUCACACUGCUCAACUAAAUGACUCAUCUAGUGAUUCAGAAACUGAGUCAGAUGAUAAUGCAAUGACGAAUGAGUUCUUGUCCAGAUUUGUUUGGAGAAUGAGGGGAAAGCUGUCUGAAGCAUAUGCUGACUGUGAUAAGAAGACCAUUGAUGGGAUGCUUUUGAUUAUUGUUGGAAAGGUUAUCUCGGAAAUGGAAAAAGGUAGUCUUGAGCAGAUGGUUGAGGCUGCUUCGUCCACACCUUCACAGGAUUUCAGUGAGGACCUUUGGAGAACAGUGUGGGAGGUUAGUCAUGUAGUUUUGGAAGAUAUGGAGAAAGAAAGGAAGAAGGAGAAAAUGAAGUGUUUUCUUCAGUCUGAAGAAGUUAAGGACAUGUGCAGGUUUGCUGGUGAAGUCGGUAUUCGUGGGGAUAUGCUGAGAGAGCUCAGAUUUAAAUGGGCACGGGAGAAUAUGGAGGAAAGUGAGUUUUAUCAGAGUUUGGAACGGCUUCGAGAAAUGGAAUCACAAACUGAAGCCCAACAGGAGCCAUUAAAAACAGAAUUCAUGGGUGAAGAACGGAUUAUGAAGGAAGAUAAUAAUGUGUCUGAAGAGAAGCCUAAUGUUUUGGAGCUUCCCAAAAGACAUGGGAAGAUCAAGUACAGGAUUUAUGGACUUGAUUUGUCUGAUCCAACAUGGGCUAAGGUCGCUGAUAAAAUUCAUGAGAGUGGAGAAGUUAUUUUUCCUCAGGAGCCAAAGCCAAUAACCGGGAAAUGCAAACUUGUUGAUGACAAAAUCCUCUCACUACAAGAGGACGAUGAUCCUGCUCCACUUUUAGCUGAAUGGAUGGAGCUUCUUCAGCCUAGCAGGAUUGACUGGAUUAAUCUUCUUGACAGAUCAAAAGAACAAAAUUCUCGUGUAUACUUUAAGAUUGCAGAAUUUCUACUUGGUGAAGAGUCCUUCCAGACCAACAUACGUGACUAUUCAAAACUGAUUGAUGCUCAUGCAAGAGAAAAUCGCUUAGAAGACGCUGAAAGAAUUCUCAAGAAGAUGAAUGAAAAUGGUAUUCUACCCGAUAUUCUAACGUCAACCAUUAUGGUUAACAUGUACGGUAAAUCGGGAAAUCUUGAUCGAGCAAAAGAAGCAUUUGAAAACUUGAGGAGUCAUGGAUUCCAACCUGAUAUGAAGGUGUAUAUUUCUAUGAUCAUGGCCUAUGUAAAUGCUGGGCAACCAAAGAUGGGUGAGUCGUUGAUGAGAGAAAUGGAAGCAAGGGACAUGAAACCCACAAAAGAGAUAUUUAUGGCCUUGCUUCGAUCCUUUGCCCAGCAGGGUGAUGUUAAUGGAGCCCAACGAAUUGCUACCACCAUGCAGUUUGCUGGUUUCCAACCAAGUUUGGAAUCCUGUACGUUACUAGUGGAGGCAUUUGGUCAAACUGGUGACCCUGAUCAGGCUCGGCAUAAUUUUGAUUACAUGAUGAAACUUGGGCACAAACCGGACGACAGAUGCACUGCUAGCAUGAUUACGGCUUAUGCAAAAAAGAAUUUAUUGGAUAAAGGUUUAAAUCUUCUACUCGAGCUCGAGAAGGAUGGUUUCUUGCCUGGGGUUGCUACUUAUACGGUUCUGGUCGACUGGUUGGCCAAAUUGCUGUUGGUCGAUGAAGCUGAACAGAUAUUGGAUAAGAUUGCAGAGCAAGGGGAGGCUCCUCCGCUCAAGGUGCAUAUUAGCCUUUGUGACAUGUACUCGAGGGCUGGCUCCGAGAGGAAGGCUCUUCAAGCUUUAGGAGUUUUGGAGGCGAAGAAGGAGCAAUUGGGGCCCGAGGAAUUCGAGAGGGUUAUACAUUCACUCCUAACUGGUGGCUUUCUACAAGAUGCUCAAAGGAUUCAGGGGUUGAUGGAAGCUCAGGGAUUCCAAGCAUCUGAGCCGCUAAAGGUUGCUUUGAUGGCAUCUCAGGCAUUUGGUCGUAAGAGACAAACGAUCAGAUAG